GCCGGCAGCGUGAACGCGCCCGAAAGAGACCGAUCAAGCUCGAGCUCAGUAGUGGCGGCUGGUUGGCUGGCUGAUUGGCUCGGUCCGCUUGUGUCGGCUGGUUCGCGUCUCGCCCUGCGCCGUGUGGAGGAGCGCGACGCGCGUCGUUACGUUCUCAGCGCGAGAGAAGAGGCGAGUUCGGCUCUGUCUUCGUGCGGGAGGCGCGCGAACGGGACGGAACGCUUUUCUCGGACGCCCGUUAGUCUCAGUCGGCGAAGGGAAGAAGCCAACAUGUCUGCCUCGGCGGCGAAGGCGAGUAAAAAGGAGCUGAAUUCGAACCAUGACGGAGCGGAUGAGAGCUCUGAAAAAGAGCAGCAGGAAGCAAUCGAACACAUCGAUGAAGUACAGAAUGAAAUUGACAGAUUGAAUGAACAGGCCAGCGAGGAAAUAUUAAAAGUAGAACAGAAAUACAACAAACUGCGCCAACCAUUCUUUCAGAAGAGGUCAGAGCUGAUCGCCAAAAUCCCAAACUUCUGGGUCACGACAUUUGUGAACCAUCCACAAGUCUCUGCUCUUCUGGGAGAAGAGGAUGAGGAAGCCCUUCAUUAUCUCACCAGGGUGGAGGUGACAGAGUUUGAGGACAUCAAGUCAGGUUACAGAAUAGAUUUUUAUUUCGACGAAAAUCCCUACUUUGAAAACAAAGUCCUGUCCAAAGAGUUUCAUCUCAACGAGAGCGGAGACCCAUCCUCAAAGUCCACGGAAAUUAAAUGGAAAACAGGAAAGGACCUCACAAAGCGUUCCAGCCAGACGCAGAACAAAGCAGGCAGGAAGAGGCAACACGAAGAGCCAGAGAGCUUCUUCACCUGGUUCACGGAUCACUCCGACGCCGGGGCGGAUGAGCUGGGGGAGGUCAUCAAGGAUGACAUCUGGCCAAACCCUCUGCAGUACUACUUGGUUCCGGACAUGGAUGAUGAGGAAGGAGAGGGUGAGGAUGACGACGACGAGGAAGAAGAAGGCCUGGAAGACAUAGAUGAGGAAGGAGAUGAGGAUGAUGGAGAGGAUGAUGACGAAGAGGAUGAUGGUGAGGAAGGAGAGGAUGACGACGGAGAGGACGACUGAACGGGAAAAGGACGCAUUUCAUCCACAUUCUAUCCCUGUUGAUUACUCACCGAUCCUUGGGAGCAAGAUGCUGUUUUUUUAAAAAUAUUAUUUUGUGCUCCGUCUCCUUGUUCAGAAGCUUCUUUCCUGUCCGUGCCAUGUCUAAUACAACUUUUUACUCCCGAUUGACUUGCUUCGGAAAACUAGUGGUGAAAUCUACUGUGGCAGAAGUCCCCCAUACCAUCUCUAACUCCACAAGCAUCUGAGGGGAAAUUCAAAAAAAAAAAAAAAAAAAGAAAAAAAUUCGCACGGCAUUUGACCAUCUGAAGUA